CCAGCCCCUUCGAACGGCAAAAGCAAGGCGUUUUCCAUCAAUCUAGGGUUUUGUUAUCUCUCAUCUCCAUCCUCAUGUUCCCGCCAAAGUCCUUUCGAAUUCUCAUCGGAAAUCCGUUUGUGGAGGUACGUUUCAUCUGAAUUUCUCCCUUUUCACCCACGUCGAUUUUCUGUAUUGUCUGGUGUUCGGGUCUUCAAUUAUGAUAAUCUCUCCGUCACUGCUCUGGUUUUCCUCGAUCGUUUUCCCGUUCUCUUCCUUCCAGAAUCUCCGUGUCUUGGGCCCUGGUUUGAAUCCUUUCGCACCCUACGGCAUGGCUAACCAUUCCUUCAUCUCUCCGUAACUCUCUGAUCUUUGAAAGCUCUGGAAAUAUGUAAAAUCUCGAAUCAGAUCUCCUGAUUUCAUCUUAUUUGGAGAGCAUUAGGGUAUCUUCCGUAUAUCUUUCUGUCUUUCAAGGGCUGUGAUUCUUCCGACGUAAAGAAAGCUGUCAUUGGCCUCUUGGGGUUAUUUAUUUUGUGAAUUGGAUAAGGUAUGCCGCAAGAACAGGUGGUGCCGCUUCGGCGGCAGCUGUCGAGCAGGCGGUCAUUUAGGUGUUCUGGCGACACAGAUGACAGAGGCUGGACUCUGCUUCAUAUUGGUGCUCGGAAAGGCAAUCUGAAGGAGGUGAAGCGACUUUUAGAUGAAGGCAUGGAUGUUAAUGUGCCUGCAUGGGGCCCCAAAUCACAAGGUGUGACCCCUCUCCAUCUUGCUGCUCAGGGAGGCCACCUCAAGGUCAUGGAUGAAUUACUGGAGCGUGGUGCAAACAUUGAUGCAAGAACAAAGGGAGCAUGUGGCUGGACACCACUGCACAGUGCAGCCAAGGAGCGAAACAAGGAAGCAGUCAAAUUCCUCGUUGAAAAUGGGGCAUUCUUGCCUCCCGAUAUAAAUGACAGCAGGUUUAAUCCACCUCUCCACUACUGCUCUGGCCUGGAAUGGGCAUAUGAGAUGAAGCGUGUUCAAGAAGGAAACCUCUCUGGCGACUGUUCCUACAGCUCCGGAAGCUAAUUGAUCUGUCUCACUACUUUUUUUCAACACUCCAACAAACCUUGAUAUCUAUCUGGGAGAGGAUGAACUGAAUUCAUACUGGGAACUUGAACACAUUGUUUCAGCUUUGUUCUUAUUUCUCUAAAAACGCUUAUUUUCUGUUUUGUUUGUUCAAGUACAAAACAAAAGGUGUGUGAUCUGAAAUAAGAAUCAUCUUGUCUGUCCAAAA